GAUCACUUUUACACACACGUGGAUAUAUAUAUAUGCAUAUUAAUUUAUUCUGCAAAUGUCAAACAUGUCCAAGUCGGCAGCUAAAGAGAAGAAGUCUUUUAGCAAGAAACUUUUCAGGCGAGGGUCUGUGCGAUCCGUGGGCAGUUUCAUGAGCCGAGUGCUCAAGACCUUGUCCACCCUCUCUCACUUUGGCACCGAAGAAGCCUCGGCCGAGGAUGAGAAGGAUGAUGGCGGCUUCAAGGACUUCCGAGCCGCGGGGGCUGAGAUGGGAGUGGGAGCCGGGGCUGGGGUGCUCUCCUCGGCUUCUAUCAUCAUGAUGAUGAGCGGCAUUAGCCCGGGGAUGGGAGCUGCACAUGCCGUGGCCUCUGCCGGCAGGUGUGCGGCCGGACACAGCGACUCCUCCGACAGCUGCUUCUCUCCGGCUUCCGGGGAUCGCUGGCAGCCACCCGGCCUGGCUGGCCUCAAAAACCAUGGCAAUACCUGCUUUAUGAACGCCGUGCUGCAGUGCCUGAGCAACACUGAGCUGUUCGCGGAGUUCCUGGCCCUAGAGCAGUACAGGGACCGGGUUAGAGAUACGGAGGGCAACCGAGGGGAGCAGGAGGAGGAAACGGAGGAAGGAACUGAGGAAAAGGGCAAGAGCCAGAGCCCCAAGUCCAAUGGUGUGUUAUUUCCACCCAAAUCCCAGCAGGAGAAAGGGGAGGUGACGGAGCAGCUUGCUACUUUGGUCCGGGCCCUUUGGACAUCACAAUACACUCCACAACAGAGCCGGGAGUUUAAGAACGUUGUUGCCAAGAAUGCUUUCCAGUAUCGGGGGAACUCCCAGCACGACGCCCAGGAGUUUCUGCUGUGGCUGCUAGACCGAGUGCACGAGGACCUUCACCAAAUCGUGUUAACCAACGGGCGGCCGCCUGCCAAGCCUCCGGGAGCUGAAGAUGAGUUGUGUGAAGGACCAUCACCCAGCUUGAGGAGCAGCUUCGUGCAGGAGCUCUUCCAGGCCCAGUAUAGGUCUUCAUUGACGUGUCCUCAUUGCCAAAAACAGAGCAACACCUUUGACCCGUUCCUCUGCAUCUCCUUACCCAUUCCACUGCUCCAGAGCCGGCCAUUAAAUAUCACUGUGGUUUAUGAAGGCAAGUGUUCGCACUGUAUGAGGAUAGGAGUUGCUGUCCCACUAUCUGGCACAGUCAGCAAACUCCGCGAGGCAAUAGCGCAAGAAACCAAAAUCCCCACCGAUCAGAUUGUCCUGACUGAAGUGUAUUACGACGGAUUCCAUCGUACCUUCAGUGACGACGAUGACCUGGACACCAUUCAUGAAAAUGAUUGUAUUUAUGCUUUUGAGACGCCCGUGAACUACACAGGUCAGAGAGGGACGCUGACAAACAUAAACCAGAACAACCUGAAGUUCAGCAGCGAUCACCACUCGUCCUCAGUCCACUCGCAUGGGGGAGUGAAGCAGAUCAAACGGGAGAGAGUGGCGGUGACCAGCUCGGGGUAUGAGAAGCUAGUGCUGCUGGUGUGUAACCGCUGCUGCUCUGGGCAGCAGGGGAAGAGGUUUGGACAUCCUUUCGUCCUGUGCUUGGAUCGUAAAGUAACAUGGGAAGCUCUGCAGAAAGACAUUUUGGAAAAAAUGCGACAUCUCUUCAGGCCAGGAAUGUACACUGAGGUUGGCCCAUUCAGUCUGCGAGUAGUUGGAGGAGUUAUGGGCAAGAGUUACCUAUCCCCUCAGGAAGAAUACCCCCUUUCCCAGGCUACCAUGGAAAGAGCGUUGAAGUCAUGCAGACCUGGUGGGCCCCAACAUGUGAAGGUGACUGCAGAGUGGGACAAGGAGACCAAGGAAUACUUGUUCGGGAAUGCCGAGGACGAAUACGUGCCCGACUCGGAGACUGUCCGCCUCCAGCAGCAGCUCCAUCAGCAGCCGCAGACCUACACGCUGUCCCAGUGCUUUCAUCUCUACACCAAAGAGGAGCAGCUUGCCCCGGACGAUGCCUGGCGGUGCCCGCAUUGCAAGCAGCUUCAGCAGGGCAGCAUCAAGCUGAGUCUGUGGACCCUCCCUGACGUGCUCAUCAUUCACCUCAAGCGCUUCAAACAGGAAGGGGAUAAAAGGACCAAACUGCAAAACCUGGUGAGGUUCCCCCUCACCGGCCUGGACAUGACUCCUCAUGUAGUGAAGCGCAGUCAGAGCAGCUGGAGCCUCCCAUCCCAUUGGUCCCCGUGGAGACGGCCGUACGGGCUGGGCCGAGAUCCCGAGGACUACCUCUACGAUCUGUACGCUGUGUGCAAUCACCAUGGAACCAUGCAUGGAGGCCACUACACCGCUUACUGCAAGAACUCUGUGGACGGGCUGUGGUAUGCUUUCGAUGACAGCGAUGUGCAGCACAUACCAGACGAGGAUGUGUGCAAGCAGACGGCCUACAUCCUGUUCUACCAGAGGCGAAGCGCCAUCCCCUCCUGGUCAGCCAACAGCUCUCUAGCAGGAUCCACCAGCUCGUCGCUCUGUGAGCACUGGGUAAACCGACUGGCCGGCAGCAAACAGCCCAGCAUCACUUCCACCGCCUCGUCCCGACGCACAUCCCUCGUCUCGCUUUCCGAGUCAGUGGAGUUCACGCAAGAUCGCAGCGAUCAGGACGAUGGUGGUUUUUCCACUCGUCCUUUUGUGCGAAGUGUCCAGCGCCAGAGCCUAUCGUCCAGAUCUUCAAUCGCCAGUCCCUUGGUGCUAAGUGAGAACGGAGCAAAAUCCCAAUGGCCAUUGUCUACCAAGGGCACCAUGCGAUCAAGCUCACCCUCUCGCUUUUCCCUUGAAUCUCCGGCUCAUAACCCCACUCCCACUGCAGGGUUCCUGGGCUACACCAAUGCCAAUAUAGGCCUCAGUGCUUUACCGAGCCACUUGGGCACGUAUGCUGGGCGGUUGAAGGAAGUCAAUCAAGUCGAGGGCCUCCAGGCUGAGCGCAUGGGAAGUAGCAGUGAGGCCCGGGCUCCUCUGGCAGUGAUGGAAAGCAUGGCCCGAGAGGACGAGCUGAAGGUGAAAGCAGUCAGCUCCAGCAGGCCCAGCUUGCCUAUUGAAAGACCACUGGACCAGUACAUCAGUGGGAUGGGACAGCCCGAGAAACGGAACUCCCAGUCCGAGACUUCGGACAACAACAACCGGAAGAGCACACUGGACCUGUCCAGCCCUCAGUCCCCCAGCCUGAGUGGCGUCUCCUCACUGGAAGACCAGAGGCCACGAAGGAGCCUACUGGCAGCCGUGCAGGCCCUGGAGAGUGUGCAGAAGAAAAGCUUCAAUGCCCGAGGCGUUCCCGAGCAUCCCAAGGUCUCGCUGGGGAAAGGCCACUCCUCUACCAGCUCCCACCACCCCACCGGGUCGCCAGUCAGGGUCUCGCGCCGAUCGAACUCUGUGCGGGACAAGUCUGAGUUGAAAGUCAGUUCGCGACGCGCUUCAUCCAGCCUCCUACCCAAAAAGGACAGCAUCCGGAGUCAGGACUCUCUCUCCUCGGGUUCCCGGCCCAAGCAAAAGGCAGCCGCCUCCUCGCACAACUCACCCUCGCUCUCGCCAUCCAGGAGGAAACCUCUGCAUACGCAGGAGAGGACCCCGGGCCGGUCGAGAACUUCAGAACGGGACUCCAAGGAAGGGAGAAAAGGCAGCCCCUCCCCGGAAAAGCGCCGGGCUGCGGGCUCCAAGAGCAGCAGCACCGCCAGGCUGCCUCACGCCAAAACGGACAGCGCUCGCCUGGAAAGGAGGCGGCUCAAGAACUCCAGCAGCAGCUCCUCGGUGGCCGAAGCCAAGUCUUCGGACUCCAACUCCAGGACCGACCUGAGGCGGGACAGCAAGGCCGACGACAAGGGCAUGUCCUUCUUCCGCUCGGCACUCAGGCAGAAGGAGAGCCGCAGGUCUGCGGACCUGGGCAAGAGCACCUUGGUGGCCAAGAAGUCGGUGGAGAGCAAGAAAGUUCCCAGCGAGGGAGCGCUCAGGGAAGGACAGCAGCUGAGCGCAGAGGCCUCCUCUCCCAGCCGCUCAGCCAGCAAGUUAGCCACACGGGGGAAAGCAUCCAGUAAAGACCCUACCCCAACCAAGCGCCCCCUCCUCUCCCCCACUAAAUCCAAGUCUGUACAGCCAGAGGCAGAAACUAAGUCCCCCACAAACCGAAAGAAAACUUCUGAUAAGACUUUUAAAUCUAGAAAGAUUGUUACCAGCGGCAUGCAGUCCUCUGCACGACUGAGCAAAAAGUCACAGUGAAACGUGAGAUUACCGGAAAAUAUACAUAAAAGCCAAUUUGUCUUUCUGUCAGAUCGGUUUAUUAUUAUUUUUAUUCCGGCUGCUCUUCCCACCCCCUCUC